AUGGCGGAUCCCAACGCCCUCGACGUCGCGUCUAUACAGAAGGACGACAGCAACAUGGCCGAUUACUCUUCACUCGAGCACCCCAACCGCAAGCCUGCCGACAUCACCAACGACAUGUCUGCUCAUGACAACCCCAAUGACGAGCCUGCGGGCGCCGACGCCUCCAGCGCUGCCUACCACGACCCCAAGAGCAAGCCUGCCGACGCAGCUCUGGCUCCACACGAUGACCUCGCCGCCUCCAGCGCUACCCACCUCAACCUCAAGAGUAAGCCUGCCGACAGCUCCGACGAAGUGUCUGCUCGCGAUGAAUCCAAUGACGCCGCUAUCCACCACGACCUCAAGAACAAGCCGACCGGUGCUGACCUCAUCCACGACAUGUCAGCUCGCGCCGGCGUCGAGAACAGAAAGGCGCUGACCGAAGCUUGGGAGCUGUGGUCCAGCACAUGCAGGUCGGCCGAGGAUAGGCUCGAGAUUUUGGAAGACCUCAGGGAGGGGCUUGAGCACAAUCAGCAAAACGCAAAGACAAUGACUCAUUUCUUUCAAGCGAAAAUCAAUGUCCUGCAGGAGCAGCAUCAUGUCCUCAAGACCUUGGCCUUGGAGGUUGGCGUAGCGCUGGCUGGACCGACGACCUCCCCUUACGGAGCAUACCAAGCACCGAGCUUGCAGUCCACCAUGUCUCCGCAGACGUUGCUACGAUGGUUCACCGUGUUCCAAGAUGCGGGUUGGGCCGUGCCUGGAGGCCUGCCGGCGACCAGGGACCGGUUCAUUGACAACAUCGACUACGUAGAUGCGGACAGCUUCGAACACGCUGAUUACCGCGACGAGCUUGGCAAGCCCAUACACCUGUUUCUCUCCGGCUUCUUGAAGACGCAGCGUGGAUGUAUUCACGAAGCGCCGUACGCACUCGCGAUCUGGCUUUACCUCUCACGCUACAACUUGUUCUGGGUCACCCAGAAGGUUCCGUCAUGGUUCUUUGAGCAAGCAUCGCACAUGGAUGCAGGUCAACAGUUGGAUUCCGCUGGAGUGGGCGAUGACCAACGCAUGAGGGCGUGGCUAGAGGCUAUCGCUGCUCGGCUUCCCGCACUGUGGCCCCAAGUCAUGGAGCGCGAAGAUGAAGAUGACCGGAAGAUAUCUCACCUUGUAGAGAAAGCUGCUAUGGACUUCAUUGAUGACCACGAGUACGCACUUCGCAUGCGUUUCCAUGAGGCUGACUCCGAUACCUCUAUCGUGCACGUUGUCCGAGACGUGUUUCUUUUGCGACUUGCCGAAAGGGAAUCCGAAGAAAGCGUCAUUGCAGCCGACCAAGAUCUCCGCGUUCUGACAGAGGCUCGACUGGAGGCUCUCGACAACACGGUCGGCCCCGAUCGUUACCUCCGAGCAAGGGUCUACCUAAAUGCGUGGCACGAGUCGAGCGACGACGCAUCUGCCCAAGAUCGCUCUGUUGUCGCCACCCACCUCUCUGGCGCCACCGUGGAUGAUCCGAUGGUGAUCGAUGACUAA